AUGAGUCGUAAUCGUAACCAGGAUAAUGUUGACGUUGAUUCCAACCAAGCUACCAUGAAGGAAUUCGAUAAUUCUGCUCUCACAGACGGCGAAGACAAUGUAAGUGAAUUCGAAGGUUCGUUAAGUAGAAGAGCAUCAAGUAUAUUUACUUUAGAUACAACACCACUAGACCCACCAAAUAAAAAUGAUAUUGAAAAGUUUACCAGUGAUAAAUACCAUUUUAGUAUGAUUAGAAAUUUACAUCUAGCUGAUUAUGUCACCAUGUUAAAUGGGUUCUCCGGUUUUUAUUCAAUUAUUAGUUGUUUGAGAUUCACAUUAACAGGUAAGCCACAUUAUGUCCAACGUGCUCAUUUCUUUAUAUUUUUAGGUAUGUGUUUUGACUUUUUCGAUGGUAGAGUCGCAAGAUUGAGAAACAGAUCUUCUUUAAUGGGUCAAGAGUUAGACUCUUUAGCCGAUCUAGUAUCAUUUGGUGUUGCUCCAGCUGCUAUUGCAUUUGCUAUUGGUUUUCAAACCACACUAGACGUUUUAGUACUAUCAUUCUUUGUUUUAUGUGGCCUAACUAGACUUGCAAGAUUUAAUGUUACCGUUGCACAGUUACCUAAAGAUGUUUCUGGUAAAUCGAAGUACUUCGAAGGUCUACCAAUUCCAACUAGUCUAUUUUUAGUACUUUGCAUGGCCUAUCUAGUCAGAAAAGAAUUGAUUCUUGACAACAUUCCAUUUGGUAUAUAUAGAGAAGGUUUGGUAUUCGAACUCCACCCAAUUGUCUUUCUUUUUUUCAUCCAAGGAUGCGGUAUGAUAUCUAAAAGUCUAAAAAUUCCAAAGCCUUAG